CAUAUAGUAAUUGUAUACAUUCAACAAACCAGAUUUAAACCAUCGCAAUAAUGAAAGAAUAUAUCAUAUUGAUAAUUUUUCAGUACUUUGAAGACAUCUCUGUAUCUACAGUGAGUGAAAUAUGGGUUGAUACUCCGAAUACAGGGAAUGGUGUAUACUGGACUCCCGAUGCUCCUGAACUCAGUCACCGUUUGAAUCAGUAUGGAUAUAAUGCCUCGCAAACCUAUUCAAUACGCCUCGACCUAAAAGUUUGCAGUGAUGCAUUUGUAUACUUAUCCGCCUCUUCAAUAAUGGAUAAACAGGCAGCAUUGUAUGAAAUAUGUAUAGGAGGAGGUGGAGGAACAAAGAUAUUUUUGCGCCGACAGGACGCUACAUUUGAAGAUGUUAGAAAUAACGUACUCGGAGACGGAAGAACACAAUGCGGAUCAUUUCAACCAUAUUGGAUUUCAUGGGACAAUGGAAAUAUCAAAAUAGGCAAAGGCUUGUCUGUAGACAACGAAGUAGUGAUUGAUUGGCGAGAUCCCAAUCCCUUCAUUAUUCAUGGUGUAGGUGUGAGGACAGGUAUUGGGCAAUCAGGACAAUGGAUUAUUUAUAUGAAAGCUCUUGGGUACUUUUGUUUACAUACAGAAACCCGGGGUACAAUGAAACUUGUCAAGACCACUUUAGCAACGGAAUAUACUUGUCCUUCCUUAUGUAAUAGAAUUCAUAACUGCAUGGGAUUCAAUUUUAAUGUUCAAACAAGGGUCUGUGAAUUGAUAUCGACUGGCGAGAACAUGCUUACAACCACGGACUCGGGUUGGACAUUUGGUACAAAAUGUUUUCAGGGGAAAUGUUUUGCUUGUAUAUAGUACGAAACUAAUGACCUAUUAUGUUAUUCAUAAUUUACCAUAAUUGAAAUUAUAAUAUAACUUUUAUGAUAUAAAAUUGUAAUACAUUCUAUGUCUUUAAUAAUGGAUUUAUCAGGUAAAAACUAAUUUUUCAUCACACAUUUGCCAAUUAU